AUGGCUAGCAUCGUUGCACACGUGGGUAAUAGCCGGCGGCAAAACACACCCUUGCCGCCUUGAGCCCAUUCAAUUUUGAGGUCCAUGGGAAGGAGUCUUGGUCCUUUAAGGGUCAACAUGGCAGAAAGAAAUGUGAAGUUGUUCUCUGGGAGAGUGGUGCCAGCCCAAGGGGAAGAAACCUUUGAAACCUGGCUGAUCCAGGUCAUUGGGGUCCUACCUGAUUGGAAUAUGUCUGAGGAGGAAAAGCUCAAGUGCUUGAUGAACACCCUUAGGGGCCCUGCCCGGGAGGUCAUGCGUUUGCUCCAGGCCACCAACCCCAAUCUAAGUGUGGCUGGCGAUUUGCGGGCAAUGAAAUUGGUGUUUGGGGAGUCUGAAAGCAAGGUCACUGCCCAUGGGAAAUUUUUUAAUACUUUGCGAACACAAGGGGAGAAAACCUCCCUUUAUGUGAUCCGUUUAGAAGUACAGCUCCAGAAUGCUAUUCAGGCAGGGAUCAUAGCUCAGAAAGAUGCAAACCAGAUUCGUCUGCACCAGCUCCUUUUAGGAGCUAAGCUAAAUAGGGACCUGCGCUUUAGGCUGAAACAUCUCAGGAUGUAUGCAAAUGAUCAGGAGCAUCCUCCUAAUUUCUUGGAGUUGAUCAAGAUGAUAAAGCAGGAAGAGGAUUGGAGUGACACUUUUAUGAAACCAAAGUGGCCCAAAAGGUCUGAGCUAAUCUUGGAGAGGGCAGCAAGCCCUGUAGCAUUUCAGAGCCCCCAGCCAAUAGCAAUCAGUAGUGCUGACUGCAACGUGAAAGAGGUAGAUGAUACCCUUGACGACUCAGAUGAGGAUGUGAUUCUAGUAGAAUCUCAGGACCCUCUACUUACACUUAUGGAUGCCCCCCCCCUUAGAGGCAGUGCCAGACCUCUAGAUCAAAUACUGGUCAUUGAUUCCUCCAACAGCUCCUCAACUCAAUCUCCUUCCACCAGUGGGGGUUCUGGGUAUAAGAAUAAUGGUCCUGGGGAUAUACAUAGAGCCAGAAAGCGAAAAUACACAAUCUUUUGUUCAUAUUGUGGUGAGGAAAGUCACCCAAAGGAAACCUGUAACAGUGAGAGCCGCAAGGCCCAGGUGUUUGAGAAUCUGAUCAUCACUCUGCAGGAGCUGACACAUAUAGAGAAGGAGAGGUCAAAAGUGGGCCUUGGCAGACACAAUGACCUCUCUGGACGUCAAGUAAGGUGCUAGAAUGAGCCAAGUGAACCCUUAACUGUUUUCAGAUGGGAAAAACAGUGGAGGCGGGGGGCGGGGGGAGUAGACUUCUUUUUGCAUUAAAAAGUGGCUUUCACAAAAUGAAGGACAAUACAAAUUACCUGAAACUCUCCAACCUCAUAUAAACAUUGUUAGCCCUUUGAUGAA